AUGAUAGUCAUGGCCCAUCUCUGGAUGAGGUCUGCUCGGUCCGACAAAGAGCAGUUCAGGAAGCAUCCGGAGAGCCAUCAACAACCUGAAGAAGAUGAACACAAGUACAACACAACACCAGAGGGACGACGGAGACUGAUUCCAGCUGUGAGGAACUGCAGAAAGGCUCAAUUUUCUGACUGUGGAAUCUCAGAGACUCACUGUGAAGUUGUGGCCUCAGCUCUGAAGUCCAACCCCUCCCAUCUGAGAGAGCUGGACCUGAGAAACAACUACAACCUGAAGGAGGCAGGAGUAAAGCCGCUGUCUGCUGGACUGGAGAGUCCAAACUGUAGACUGGAGACUCUGAGAUUGUGGAGCUGCAUUUUGUCAGAGAUCAGCUUUGCUUCUCUGAUCUCAGAUCUGAAGUCCAACCCCUCCCAUCUGAUAGAGCUGGGUCUGAGAUACAACAACAAGCUGUAUGAUUCAGGAGUGAAGCUACUGUCUGGUUUUCUGGAGAGUCCACACUGUAGACUGGAGACUCUGAGAUUGAGGUGGUGCAGUUUGUCAGAGAUCAGCUGUGCUUCUCUGGCCUCAGCUCUGAAGUCCAACCCCUCCCAUCUGAGAGAGCUGGAUCUGAGUGACAACGACCUGAAGGGUUCAGAUGUGAAGCUGCUGUCUGAUCUCGUGAAGAGUCCAGACUGUAGACUGGAGACUCUGAGAUGGAAGUGGCCGUGGUUAUCUCUGUGGGAGUCAGUGAUGAGAAAGUGGAUGUGCUGA